GAAGACAGAAAGAAAGGAAACUACUUAGAAGUAAUAAAUAUGAAUUUUCCAUGCUCUUGUCGCCGAUUGGAGCAGAGAGGAUGACCCGUUCUCUGUUCUUUUCUUGACUUGACGCCGCUAGUUCCUUGGUCUCUUCCUCCCCUUUCCUUCCUGGCUUCCUCCCAGUCGUCUCAAUCUAUUCUGUUCCUCUUCCUUUAUCUGCUUCAAAUCUUGCAGGAAUAGCUCACAAUCGUCGGAACUCGAAGAGAAAAAUGAUGAAGAUGGGAUUUUGGUGAUGAAGACCCUGUAAAAAUACAAUCUUUCUGUGUAGGAAUCAGCUUUCAGGGCCCAAGAUCUGGACUUUGCAACUAUUACCAUCACCGAUGAGCCAGUCGUCGGUCAAUCCCCCUCCCCAUCGCUCCUCUAAGCCCACCUCCGUCCUCCCGUACAAGACCCCCAACCUCCGGGACCAAUACCGCAUCGGCAAGAAGCUAGGGCAGGGGCAGUUCGGCACCACGUACCUGUGCAUCGACAAGAACGAUGGCAAGGAGUAUGCGUGCAAGUCCAUUCCCAAGCGCAAGCUCAUCUGCCGCGAGGAUUACGAGGACGUGUGGCGCGAGAUCCAGAUCAUGCACCACCUCUCGGAGCACGCUAAUGUGGUCAGGAUCAAGGGCACCUACGAGGACGCGCUUUUCGUGCACCUGGUGAUGGAGCUGUGCGCGGGCGGAGAGCUCUUCGACAGGAUCAUCCAGAAGGGGCAUUACAGCGAGAGGAAAGCGGCGCAGUUGAUCAAGACCAUCGUGGGAGUCGUAGAGGCGUGCCACUCGCUCGGGGUGAUGCAUCGCGAUCUCAAGCCAGAGAACUUCCUGUUUUCCAGCUCCGAUGAGGAUGCGGCACUUAAAGCGACGGAUUUUGGGCUAUCCAUAUUUUAUAAGCCAGGUGAUACCUUCUCCGAUGUUGUUGGAAGUCCGUAUUAUGUUGCACCUGAGGUACUGCGGAAGCUUUAUGGACCAGAAGCAGAUGUGUGGAGUGCUGGUGUCAUCUUAUACAUUCUGUUGAGUGGAGUUCCACCUUUCUGGGCAGAAACUGAAGCAGGGAUUUUCAGACAGAUAUUACAUGGUCGUCUGGAUUUUGAAUCUCAACCAUGGCCUGGUAUUUCUGAUAGCGCAAAGGAUCUAAUAAGAAAUAUGCUUAAUAGAGACCCAACGAAGAGAUUUACAGCACAUCAAGUUCUUUCUCACCCAUGGAUUGUUGAUGACAAAGUUGCACCUGAUAGACCCUUGGACUCUGCUGUGCUUUCACGUCUUAAGCAGUUCUCUGCAAUGAACAAACUUAAGAAGAUGGCUUUAAGGGUUAUUGCAGAAAGCCUCUCCGAAGAAGAGAUUGGUGGUCUUAAAGAGUUGUUCAAAAUGAUUGAUACAGAUAACAGUGGAACCAUAACCUUUGAUGAACUGAAAGAAGGCUUAAGAAGAGUGGGAUCGGAACUUAUGGAAUCGGAGAUACAGGCACUUAUGGAUGCGGCUGAUAUUGACAAAAAUGGCACAAUAGACUACGGUGAAUUUCUUGCAGCCACAGUUCACAUGAAUAAGCUGGAGAGAGACGAGAAUCUAAUGGCAGCAUUCUCUUAUUUUGACAAAGACGGAAGUGGUUACAUAACUCUCGAUGAACUUUCACAAGCAUGCAAAGAAUUUGGUCUUGAUGAUGUUCACCUUGAUGAGAUGAUCAAAGAAGUUGAUCAAGAUAAUGAUGGCCAAAUAGAUUACAAUGAAUUCUCAGCAAUGAUGAGAAAAGGCAAUGGAGUUGGAAACGGAGGUCUCGGAAGGAGGACCAUGAGAAACAACAUAAAUUUUAAUCUGGGUGAUGCCUUCAAAACUACUUAAGAAAAUCAUAAGUGUGAUUGACAGUUUAUUUUAAAAUUGUGUAUGAGGUGAUAUCGUUAUAGAAGGUUUAGAGACCGAGAAAGAAUUUAUCUUUUCUCUAAUGAGUUUAUCAGACUCUAAGAAUCGUUUUGAAUGAACAUUUUGUCAAUAGUUUCUUGAGUAAGCUUGCAGAGAAUGUUAUUUGCUUA